AUGGACAAUGCCUCGAGUCAUGCUAUUCCAAAAUUGACAAACGUAAAAAUUCACUUUCUCCCUCCUACCACCACGAGUCAUUUACAACCAUUAGACGCUGGAAUUAUUCAGGCAUUUAAAGCACAUUAUCGAAAACUACAAUUGCACUAUUUAGUGGAUUGUUUUGACAAAAAUAAUGCACCGAAAGUAUUAUUAAGUGAAGGUAUUCGCUUUAUCAAACAAACAUGGGAAAGUGUAACGCCCGACACGAUUAGAAAUUGUUGGAUCCACAGCGGGUUAGUCACGGAUGAAAAUCGACCUAUAAAUAGCACACCUGUCGACGAUUAUGACCUUACGGUGUCUUUGUCACAAGUUCAAGACUCGCUAGAUUUGGAUCCAGAUAUGAGGUUGACCGUCCGAGAAUUUUUGAAUUUGGACAAAAAUGCCGAGUCCUCUCAAUCACUUACUGAUGACGAAAUAUCGUCAACCGUGGCGAACUCAAACGAUAAUACAGACCAGGUAGAGGACGAUAGUGAAGAAGAAGCUCCGUGUGUUCCUACAUACGUAGAGGCCAGACAGGGACUUGAAUGUUUGUUACGGCAUUUAGAAUCAAAAGAAUCAACAACUGAAUCUGAAAUAAACUUUUUACUGCGAUUAGCUAUUAAAAUAAAACCAUCAAAACAAUCAACAAUUGAUAUGUUUUUCAAAAAACAGUGA